AAACAAUAAGAAGCGAGAGCGAAGAUACCAGUCAGUCCAUACUAGCUUGUCGAAAAGAUAUUGGAUAUUGAAUCUGAUGCGUUCGUCGGUGCUUGAAAAGCUUUUAGGCAAGGUGAAGGGUUUUGACUAUGUUAUUCUCGAAUCGGCCGCAUUCGAAAAGUUUGGUUCAUGUCUGUUGUGUUCGGACAUAAAGAAUGUAUUUUCUAUUCAUGACAUUAAUGAGGAAUUGGUCAACAAAUCUUUCAUUUUCAUUGUAUCCUCCCCAUUUACAUAUUUCCUCCUUGAACAGAUUACAUCUGUUGUGUGGAAUAAUGGGAAGCGUUCGGGGUCCGUAAUAUUGUCUACAGUUGAAGCUUUUGGGAAUUGUGAUAUUUUCAAAUUACCUCAUGUGAACGAAUACCCGGAGCAUGAAGUGCAAUAUAUGUCUAAAGACAACAAACUGUUUAAUUUCAAAGUAGAAUUCAUUUUCAGUACUCCUCGAGAUGCUUUCACAAAUUUGUAUGUUCUUCCAAAACCACAUGCUUUACUUCCCGGUUUAGAAGAUUAUAGUGCCACAUUUUAUGACAUCAAUAGUAUCUUAUGGUCUUUAAAGAUUGUAGAAGAAGUUUAUUCAUUUGGACAAAUCAGUAGUAAAAUUGCCGCACAAUUUACUGAUUUUCCUGCUGCAGUAAAUAGAAAAAAAUCACUUCAUAAUCAUACUGAAAAAUCUACAGCUUCAGUGAUUUUUAUUGAUGAAUCCAUUAUUUGUGAUCCAAUUGCAUGUUUAGAACCAUAUACAAUAACAAAUCAUUUAUUAGAUAUCAUAUUUGCUGAAUUAUCUCCUGAUGGUUAUCGAAUUAAUGUAUCAUGGGAACAAUUAUCUAAAUGUUCAUCUGAAAAUAAAGUUCACAUAAAAAUGUUAACAAAUCAUAUGUGUACAGAUUUAAUGCAAUCAUCAAUGGAUGUAUGUGUCAAUCCUUUACUCAAUGAAUAUUUCAUGUUAAAAGAGCAUGCAUCACUGUCUAAAAUCCAACAAAAUUUACUACAUGUCGCUGAGUUAAUACAUCAUGAAUUACCGGAAUUAUCUGAACCGCCUAGAAUCAAAGCGAAAUGGGCUGAUCUGUUACGUAGUCAAAUUAAAGAACUAUUUGUACCAAUUUGUAAAUCUGGUCGUUUCGAUCUUUUAAAUCAUAUCCAAUUCACAUUAGCUGUCAUUAAUGCAUUCGAUUUGAUUACACGUCGUAAUCGUUUUCAUCAACAUGAUGAUGGAAUGAUUAGUUUGGAGAAAUUAUUAGUGAAAUUUGAACGUUCUUUAUUGGUUUCCAGUCAAACGGAUGCGAAACUUAUUCAACAACUUCAAAAACCAACACAUUGUGAACCGAUUCUAUUGAAUGCUUAUAAAGAAGCUGUAAACUUGCCAACUCUUGAUGACAUGUUCCUGUUUGUCAUACAUACAAUCAAUUUAGUGCCUAUUCAUUCACCUAUCUCAGAAUCAAUUUGGUCAGCUAUUCGAGAAUUGUUUACAAUCGGUCGAUCGAAGAAUACUGAAACCUCGUAUUUGUAUCAAAGAUUUCCAGGUGGUUUAAUUCCUCAAUGUUUACCAAUUAAUAAUCUUGUUCAAAAUAUUAAAUUAUUUCGUCAGAAACGUGCUCAACUACCAAGUUAUAACAAUUUAGUCGGUGUAUCACAAGCUCGUUACCAAUCACCUUUAGUACAAAUCAUGAAAGAUUUAAUAUUAGCUCGUGAAAAUCCUUCUGAAGCUAGUCCUGCAUUAAAUGGCCUAGUUCGUAAACCGUGUACAUCUUUAUCAACUAAUUGGUUUGGAGAAUUAAGUCGAUUCAUUCGAAUUCCUGGUAGUGGUAGCAGUAGCAGCAGCAGUGGGAGUAUCGGUGAAAAUGAGAAAUUCCCAUUAUAUAAAUCGGAUUAUAUUAUUUUAAUACCAAUUGGAAAUGGUAGUCUACCUAUUAGAUUAUGUCGAGAUUUAUUUGAAACUAUUAAUACAUCAUCUCAUUCAAUGAUGGUCAAUAACAAGUUGUGUUCAAUGUUCAAACUGAAAAUUAUUACCAGUGGGUUCAGUGGUGGACAAGGUGGAUUAUCAAGUCUUUUAUACAUGGAUAUGUGAUAAUAAUAAUAAUAAUUACUAUUAUUUAUUUUCAACUGGUCACUAUUACUAUUUCUCAGUGUCGGCAAGAUUUUCGUCUGAUUCUUUUGGGUGGUGGCGUGUACACUUUUUACUGUGCCCCUGCCUCAAAUAUGAACUGUCCAAUUGUCGGUAGAGGCCAAGAACGAAGUGAAAAUUUAGAUGACCGGUGACUUUUUCUGUGUGAAUGAAUCGUUGAAAAAACCAAUUGUUUUUCUAUGUUCAUCUGUCCUUUUUUUGAAUAAUUUAUACUUUUUGUGUAUACUACUGAUAAGUGAUAAUGUUAGUAAUCAUGUAAUUGUUUAUUUUUGAUUUUUCUAAAAGAAAAUUACUUAC